GAAACUGACCAGAGAGUUUAUGUGGGAAUAUACAAUGGAGGAGGAGACAUCUCAAUACCUGAGGGAACUGACAGUGGAGUCUGACCUCAAUGGAGCCAGUCCUCAGUUCACCCUCACCUGUAUCUCCACUGGUGGACCUGCUACCACUGUCACUUGGACCAGAGACUCCACCACUGUCACCCAAGGAACCCAGACUGUGUUGAAUGACCCAGUGACUGCACAGUACACCCACACUCUGACUGUGACUACUGCAGGAGAGUACACUUGUACUGUGGCUAAUAACAAGCCAUCUUCUGCUUCAGCUAGCUUCACAUUGGAGGGUCCCCCACCUCCCACUGAUGUGACAGCAGUCCAGGAUGGUCCCACUAGUAUCACAGUGACCUGGACUCCUCCUGAUCCUCUGGAUGGUAUCACUGGCUACAGGAUCUCCUUCACUGGAGGCAGUGAUGUGGAUAUUGAUGGUGGCUCUACCAACAGCUACACUCUGACUGGUCUCACCAAUGGACAGACCUACACCAUAUCCAUUGUAGCGAUAGUUCCAAACAGACCA